GAGCGUCUGCACCAUGUGUCCAUGCGGCAUGCGCUGCCUCGCAAGGCCGAUGCUGGCGUCUACGUACCCUUCGCCGCCCUGCCCGAGAUUCCCGAGGCCACGUGGGCAAGUGCCGCCGAUGCGUCUCUCAUCCGCAACAGCAAUGUGCAGCCUGAGAGCAGCGUCCAGCUUUCACUCAACAGCGACGUGCAGCUUGUUGGCAUUGACCCUGGCAUCUGGAAUGCCGUGGCCGCAACAUCCGAGGUGCGCGUCGACAUCAACCCACACGCCAGCAGCUCGCGCUACCCGCUCCUCACCGGUGGAUCCGGCUCGUUGCACACGCUGCGACAGAACCUUGUCAUCAAGCAAGGCACUCUGCGCCGCGCUACCCGCCGAGGUACCGCACGCCUGGCUAGUCUCCAGCAGGCCGAAGCGGCGCCAGGCCAUCACUCCCGUCUCCUGCGGAGCGAGGAGGAAGCAGAGAUCCGGCUGCACACGUUCUUCGAUCAGCGGCGCACCGUCGAUAGAGCGGCAGCAUCGCUGCUCCAGCUGCACGGCCGCGCAGAGCAGACCGUGCUCAUCAUCGGGGCGGGUCUAGCUGCACAAGGAGGGCAGCGCAAGCGCCGCCACAACACAGCUCGCACGUCAAAGGCAUACGUCGAGGUUCUGCGGCGUGCAGCAAGGAACCCCGGCGUGCACGCACGCUCGUUCAACGAGUAUCUCUCAAGCCAACUCAACUCGGUCCUGCCGGCUACUGCCAGCACUGCCCGCCGCGAUGCUCACGGCCAUGCCCUCCGCCCCAUGGCGCAGCACGCGCAGCGCGCGGGCAAGGAGAUUGGCCGCCUCAAGGUUGCCGCCGGCGGUGGCUUGCUCCCCGAUGCCUUGGUUCACGGGGACUGCAGUUCGGCGCUCAUCAUGCUCCAGGCGUAUGAGCACCUGCUGCGGUUCGGCACGCACCCGCAUCUCCCUCCUUCUGAGACACCCGAGACGAGCACCGCAUGAGCGCUUCAGCCCCCAUCCUCUUCUCCCUCUUCCUCCCGAGACACCCGCAGCGACAAGCACCGCGCAAGC